AUGAGUGAAAUUAAAAUUGUUUCUCAAUUCAAAUUUUUAUUUGAUAUUCAUGAAAUAAAGAAUAUCACUAAUAACAUUAACUUUUUAUCUAAUUGUUUUGAUAAAACCAUUUUCAGAAUUGAAUGGUUUGAAAGUUUUCAUGAAAUUAUUCUAAAUCCAACAAUUGAUCAUUUAAAACCAUUAAUUGAUGAGUUACUCUCAAUCCAAUUUAAUAUUCAUCUUAAAGACAAUAUUGAUAGAAUUGGUUUUUGUCUUUUUAUAACAACUCAAAUUGAAAAGAUGAUUACAACAAUUCAUAAAAUAAAAUCAUCAACUCAAUUACCACGAACAUUAAGUGAAAUCCUUCAAAAGAUGUAUGAGGAACAUAUUGUUCCUUAUGGACUUAUUCUUCUUUGUAUUUUAAUAAUUGGACCACCUACAGGAUUAAAUUUAAGAAAUUUAUUAUGGCAUGGAUUUAUGAAUGAUAAUGAAGUAACUGACACACAUCUUUGUCUUCUUGUUAUACUCUAUCAAACAAUACAAAUGUAUUGUUUCAAAAUUUCUGAACCAAAACAUUUAAACAUACUUCAAAUUCAAUUCUUUGAUCAAAUCAUUGAAAUCCCAAAUGAAGAAUUUCUUUCUCUUAUUCAUUCUUCUAAUUUUAUUCUUCCAAAUAGAAAACAACCAAUUGAAAUGAUUAUUAAAAAUAAAACUCAACAAGGAAAUAAUAUUAUAUUUUCAUUUAUGAGAAUGGUUGUUGAAUUAGAACAUUUAUUAAGAAUAGCAUUUAUUACAUUAAAUGAUGUUGAUAUUCGAUUUGGAAUGGCAAAUUAUUCUAAUUAUUAUACAACAAUGGAUGUUCUUCUUCAAGAAUUUGUUGUUUCUUCUUCUGAAGGUCUUAUUGUUAAUCGACCAUCAACAAUCAAUGAUAUUAAAGUAGUAAAAUAUAAAAAUACUUCAAAAUAUAGUGAAAUAAAAGGAAUAAAGAAAGAAAAAGAAAUAAUUUCUAAAAAGAGGAAUUUAUUAAUUAAUAUUCUUGGAAAAGAUAUUGUAAGUAAAUUACAUGAUUUAUUUCUUUAUGAAGGUGGAAUCAAAUUAAGGGAUUGUUUAUCACAUGGAGAAUAUCAAGUUGAUGAUUUACCUUCACAAUCUUUUCUAAUAAUUAAAAUGAUAUGGUUUAUUAUAUUAAAGAGAUUACAAGAUUGGACUGUUAAUUCAUCCUCCCAAUUUAAUCAAAAUUUUCAGAAGUAUUUUAAUGAAUAUCCAAUGUUUCAUCCAUUAUCUUUUUUUAAGAGAAAUUAUCAAGAAAGUAUUAAUUAUUAUGAAUCUAUUUGGAAUUAUUUUAAAUUAUUUAAUUAUGAAGAUAAAUUGUAUGAUGAUUAUAGAAAUUACCAUUCUAAUUUUAUCCUUUCUUUUAAUUGUUUAGAUGAUAUAAAAUUAAUUAAUAAUUUAUUAGCAUCAAAACAAUUAAUUUAUCCAUUCUUUGGUUCUCCAUUAUUUUUAUCAAAUGUUUGUUCAUUACAUUCAUAA